ACGGAACUGAAUGUGACAGAUUGUAAACAGUAUCGGGAUGUCAGACCCUAGGGAAGGACGUCCCGAUGCCAUGUUGCAUCUAUCACUUGCUGAUUUACUGCCUUACAGGCUGCAGGGAUUUAAUUGAAGUGCUCGUCUGGAUAAGACAACACCUGUUCUAGACAGCUCUAAGUUUGCCCUCACCUUAUCCACUGCUGAUCCUGAUAGCUGGCACAGCGGUCACUUCUCAUUAGGUUCUUGAUUAACAACGUUGGCUCAUAAAUUGACAGUUCUGGAAGGGGUUCAGGCGUUUGUGGACCAUCUGUUUUGCCACACUUCCAUUUGGGUCCAGACAGCAGAUGUUCCGUCUGCGGAGCCUUGAGGCUUCUCGAUCCUGCCUUCACGCACACGAGGAAUCCAUCCAUUUUCUCCACCCCUCGGCUUCCUCUGUGACGCCAAAACAGUCGAGGUGAUGGAGGGUCUGGAGGUCGAGGAUAUUAGUCCAGCCCUCGAGGCUACCGAAGACUACCUGCACUGCCUCGAUGACAAUCACGGAGAUGGCCAGGUACACCCACCCAAACUUAAAGAGGCAUCCACCUUGGACAAGCUGAACUCCAGUGGGGUGUGGGGGCUUCUGACAGGAAAAACGUCUGAACUAUCACCUGGUAAUAUGGCCUGGGCAGAGCAGACUCCCUUCAGCGUGCUGGGUCUUCGAAAUGGAAAAAGAAACCGAGCUCGAUCCACCAAUGAUUUGGCAGCACAUGCCAAAGAGACAAACUCCACCACCAACACGUCCAGCGGGGGCUUCAAACGUGGCCACAAUCGCUCCCGUUCAGAUGUCAACAACCGCACUUACACUGAUAAUGGCAUGCCAGCCAUUGACAAAAAUACGCUCAAGAACAUGACGCUAAACGACCACAGGGAUGCUCACAAGGAGAGCAGCUCUUACCUGGUGAAGCAGGGAACUCUAGAGCAGCGAGAAGGCCCAUGGGGACGCUGGACUGCCUGUCAUGUGGAGCUUACACCCUGCGAACUGCGUCUCUACAGCCUGGACAGCAGCGGCAACCAGCAGCUAUGUGCCGCCCUCUCGCUGUCCCACUGCCAAGGGGUAAGUGCGCCACAGCCACAGGAUGGACGGGUGCUACAGGCCGUCUUUUUUAACAGCACCCGUGUGCAGUUACGAGCACCCUGCCAGUGGGAGGCACUGGAGUGGCGUAGACUUCUCUGGGAACGUGUCUUGGCCGCUCGUCCCGCCCACAGCAAAGGGGAGCCAGCUUGUGCCAACUCCUCAACCCCCCACGAACCUGACCCAGAUGCAGCGAUGGUUCCUGCUCCUCGUCCACUGGUACGUCCCACCGCCCUACCACUGUUCACCCAGCAUUGUGCUGAUGUUCUCAAGUCUGGCCUUCUGCACCAACUCACCGACCUCAACAACUGGAGGGCCUUCACGUUUGUACUUAGCAGGACUGAUCUGCAGGCCUUCCCAACUGAGGGAAGAGGUCCGGUGUCCGAGCCAGUGCUGCGGUACCAGCUGGCAUCCUGUCUGGCUGUGCAGCGGGAUGAUGAAGACAGAGGCAAGAGCUCCUGCUUUCAGGUCAUCUUUCCUGACGAUGUGUUGCGUCUGCGGGCAGAGAACGAGGCUAAGGCCCAGGACUGGGUGGAGGGUCUUCGCAUUGCAGUGACAGCUCAGCGGCCCCAAUGUGAAAGUACUGAAGCCCCCAGUGGAGUCCUGAUGAGGAGCAAGCCAACCAGGGAGAAAAAGCACAAGGAGGCCCAGAGAGCUAAACGGCAGUCUGUCACCACUAGCUUUCUCAGCAUCCUUACCUGUCUGGCCGUAGAAAAGGGUCUCACUGCCCAGAGCUUCCGAUGUGCAGGAUGUCAGAGGCCAGUGGGUCUGUCACGGGGCAAGGCCAAAGUUUGCGCUUACAGCGGCUGGUACUACUGCACAAGUUGUCACCAGGACAACCUCUUCCUCAUACCUGCCCGUCUGUUGCACAACUGGGACACUAAUAAACACAAGGUGUCGAAACAAGCAAAGGAGUUUCUGGAGUUUGUUUAUGAGGAGCCUCUACUGGACGUCCAGCAGUUGAACCCAUGUCUGUAUGAGCAUUGCGAGCCCUUGGCGGCUGUUCUCAAACUGAGACAGCAACUCCAGUCUCUCAGGGCCUACCUCUUCAGCUGCCGGGCCACAGUUGCAGAAGAUCUGCGGCGCAGGAUCUUUCCCAGAGAAUACCUGUUACAGCACGUGCAUCUUUACUCAUUGGCAGAUUUGCAGCAAGUCAUUGAUGGAAAGCUUGCUCCUUUCCUCUCAAAGGUGAUCAAGUUUGCCAGCUCUCAUGUGUACAGCUGUAGUCUGUGCCGAGAGAAGGGCUUCAUCUGUGAGCUCUGUCACACUGGCCAGGUCAUCUACCCUUUCCAAGAGAAUGCCACUAAAAGGUGUGAGGGCUGCGGAGCCGUCUUCCACGCUGAGUGCCGGAUGCGAGCUCAGCCAUGCCCACGGUGCGUUCGUAGAGAGCUGCACAAGAAGCCGGCGUCAUUCUGGAAGAGGCACGGCCCUCACGACAGUCCCGAUGACGAGGUGCUGGACUGCUUUGAGCUGGACACCUGAGACUCUUCACCAAGAGCAAAACUGUGCUAAUGAAGUCCAAGAGCUGCUGUACCACAAAACUCUGUGCUCAUUCGGUGGAAGUGCUCUGUCAAAACCGAGAAACAGAGGAGUUUUUUUUUUUGUUUUUUUACCUUCUCCCUCACCUGAGAGAGAUGGGCACAGAGACAAUAAUUCAGCUUCCGAAGAGCAGAGGCUUCAUAAUGAUACCAAUUUACCCUUCCCUUUCAUCUACCAAAUGACAGCCAGGGCCAACCGACAAAUACAGGCAAAGUUCGCUCACACACUUGCACAUAAACACACUCUCACUGACAGAUGUAAAAUAAUGCACUUUCUGGCAGACUCACAAUCUAAGAGCGAUGAUUCAAACCAAUCUCUGGACACAAAUAGAGCUUCUAAUCCAUUAAUGGUUGGGUGAAAAUGAGUGCUGCAAAUUGGCCGUCACGUUCGGCUUCCCUUCACCUUCAAUACUGAAGACCCUUGAAUCUCGAUGGCUGAACAUGAAAAUAAACGUGCUUAGAACUUUU